AUGUUGGCCAACGCUUUCUUGACGGGCUUGAUCGCUGCCGGCUCAGCGUCUGCGGCCGUACACGAGGUCUGGUGAGUGCGCUGGUUCGAUUACGGCUCACGCGCGCUGCGACGACGGGCGAGAAGGUCCGCUCGAGCUCAUCUUCGUUUAUCCAUCGUGUUUCGACUCUCAGGUACAACAUCACAAGUGCCAAGGCCAAUCCUUCUGGUCUGUUUGAGCGGUCCGUCGUCGGUGUCAACGGUACCUGGUACGUAGCAUAUCGCAUAUCGCAUAUCGCAUAUCGCAUAUCGCAUAUCGCAUAUCGCAUAUCGCAUAUCGCAUAUCGCAUCUCCCAUCUGAGUCUCGAGUCCUUCGCUACCUAGCCCCCGCUCGGCGCAAUGAAGAAUGUAGAGCACUGUAUUUGAAUCCCUCGCGCUGACAGAUGGUUUUUACGUCGGGAUUCUAGGCCACCACCAGCACUUUUUGUGAACGAGAACGACACCGUCAUCGUCCAUGCGGUACGUCCUUACGCCCUCCGUGAUGCGCGCGAUCUUUCGCCCGGCACACGUCCGAGGCGAUUAUCUGAUUGGCCCCAUCUUUUUUUGGCCCCCCCCCCCCCCCCCCCGUCUCGUUUGGCCGACUUUGUGCUCUUGGUGUCUCCUCUGUAGACCAACUUGCUCGACCACCCCACUGCCCUCCAUCAUCAUGUGAGUGUAUACUUUAUGUCACUGUAGCAACCCUUCAGCGACUAAGCAGUUACAUCUCAUCUCCUUCCAGGGCAUGUACUUUUUCAACACGAGUUACUACGACGGAGCCCCCGGUGUGACCCAAUGCGGAAUUCCUCCGAAAGCCACCUUGACCUACGAGAUCCCGGUAUCUGUCGACAAGCAAUGGGGUACUUAUUGGUGGCACGCUCACGUCGAUCAGGAUUAUGGUCAGUCAAACCUCUUUACCUCCUCCGACCUCGACCUUAAUUGACCCGCUCUCCCUUAUCCGCCGAAAUGCCUCACCUGAUGCGCAGUCGAUGGUCUUCGCGCCCCUUUCAUAAUUCGACCCACAACUGAGGUUCACCAAUACGAUGACGAAUACACGAUCGUGCUCUCUGAUUGGUACAACGAGCAACACUCGGUGCUUGUGAACCAGUUCAUGAACUGGAAGAACCCGACUGGAGCUGAGCCCGUCCCUAGUAUGUUUCCCUGCCCUACCCAAAUCUGUCCUCUGCUGAAGCUAAUGCAACUUUUUUUCGAUGUCGCUAUUGAUUCGAACUUCAUACAGACUCGGCUGCUAUUUACGUCGCCGACAAGAACGGCAACUAUCUCUCGGGCUUCAACGAGAACGUGACUAUCCCGUUCGAGGCGGGCAAGACGUACCGACUGCGCUUCAUCAACGCCGGCGCGUUCGCCAUGUUCAACUUCUGGAUCGACGAGCACCAGAUGCAAGUCAUUGAAGCCGACGGUACGGACACGGAUCCUUAUCCCGUGGACUACCUCGGCAUCUCGGUGGCCCAGCGCUACUCGGUCCUCGUUACGGCCAAGAACACGACCAACUCGAACUACCUCUUGCACGCCAACUUUGAUGUGGACAUGUUCGACAGCUACGAUGCUGACGUGCUCCAGGUCAACUACACCUCGACGAUCUCGUACGGAGCGAGUGUCACCGCAGCUGGGGCCGUGAUGCCGCCCUUUGAGCGAACGCCCGAUCAGGAUCUCGUCCCCUCGAUCGUCGAGGCGUCGCUCGAUGCGAACCGCGAGAUCGAGCUCGGUGUCUUCUUCGCCACCUUCGACGAUGGUAUCAACCGAGCCGCUUUUAACAACAUCACCUUCACCCACCCGUCGGUCCCCUCGCUGUUCACGCAGCUAUCGAUGGGCGAGAACGCAUCGCUACCCGGCAUCUACGGUCCUCAAACCCACGCGAUUGUCUUGCAAAAGGGCGAGAUCAUUGACUUGCGCGUCGUCAACUGGGAUGGAAACGCCCACCCUUUCCACUUGCACGGUCACAAGGUGCAACUCAUCUCGGUCACCGCCGACAGCACCUCGAAUGACACGUCGAUCAACCCUCCCAUCCCGUCGUCUUUGCCCAACCCGAUGCGACGUGACACGAUCAACGUCCCUGGAGAAGGUGGAGCCGUGACGCUUCGUUUCGCAGUUGACAACCCGGGAGCUUGGAUGUUCCACUGCCACAUCAGUUGGCAUCUGACCGCCGGUCUCGCGGUCGUCUUUAUCGAAUCGCCCGCCGAGUCGCAGCAAGAGCUCGUAAUACCUCAAGUGAUGAAGGAUCAAUGCGCAGCGUUGGGGAUCCCUUCGGCCGGUAACGCCGUUGGCAAAUUCUCGACAACUGAUCUGGCGGGAGUGGCUCGAGGUCCUUAUCCUCAAGUUCUCGGGUGGAGGCCCAAGGGUAUUGGGGCUUUGGCCGGUUGCAUCAUCACGGUUUUGCUGGGGAUGGUGACCGUCGUUUGGUACGCACUUGGAGGGCAGCUCGACGAAGAGGAGCUGGAAGCCGAGGUCGACCGUGAGCUCGAAGCCAAGAAGGACGGUGGUCUGGUCAAGCGAGGCGCCAGAAAGCUGUUUGGUUCGUCUGCCAAGUAG